GAACUGAUCAGAACCCGAGAGCAGCUCACGCUGCGCCCAAGGACUGCUCCUGCUUUCCUCGCCAACAUUGAGGCAAGCGCAUCUCCGAACUGCCGCCUAGCCACUUCGUUCACUUCUGAAAAUAUCGCCGCCGCCGCCGAGAAAUGCCGUCGGAGAGUCGAAGGCCGUCUGUGUAAAAGCUUCGAGCCUUCGACCUGCUUUUUCCGGCACUUGGCGACUACAAAUUAAUGGAAGAACCGCCACACAGGACUUUGAAGAUCAAGAACAGAGAAGGAUAUCGGAAGCAGCAGCAAAAUAAUGGAGCCGCAAUACCCUCCUCCUCGCUCGUUGUGGCCGCACUACCGAUUGGAAGAGACGAUCCACCCAUCGCCGGCGGUGGGACAGUACUCCGACGAUGGCACGACGAGCGGCGAGCUCCGGGCGCUGGAUUGUAACCUCAGUUUCCACUCCGAUGAUUUUGAGAUGGAGGGCUUCAGUGCCGGCAACUUCUCCGAGGUUAUGGGCUCCGCCUAUCGCCUUAUCCUCUCUCGUAGCUCUAACUUCAGGAACAUGCUACUUGUUAGGGGAUCUGUAAAUGGCCUUUCCCAGAAGACAAAACAUCUAGGGAGCCAAGCAUCUUCUGGAAUCAAUGGAUCAAAUGCAAUGUUACUUCUGCUGCUGGUGGUACUGCUGAUAACCAGGGUAGCUGAUGGGCAACAAGCCUAUGUUGACAACCACCAGCUCGAUUGCUACAACCAGAGGUUCAAUGAAACAACCCUAGGCUACGUCUGCAAUGGACUCAACACUUCCUGCCAAUCCUACCUCACCUUCCGGACAUCUCCACUUUACAACACGCCUGUCUACAUUGGAUAUCUCCUAGCUGCUGCUGCCCCUGAAAUUGCCUCCCUCAACAAUCUCUCCUCCGAGUUCUCCUCCAUCCCAGCUGACACUCUUGUCGUCGUCCCUGUCAACUGCUCCUGCUCUGGCCGUCGCUACUACCAGCAUGAAGCCACCUACAAACUCAAGUCCCACGAUGAGACCUAUUUCACUGUGGCCAACAAUACUUACCAGGGACUCACCACUUGCCAGUCCUUGAUGUCUCAAAAUCCCUUCAAUGACCGCCAACUCGCUGUCAAUGAGACCCUCCGCGUCCCACUUCGCUGUGCUUGCCCCACCGCCAACCAGACCAGGACAACUGCAGCUGCCGCCACCACGACGAGGUACUUGCUCACUUACAUUGUCACUUGGGGAGAUUCCAUCUCUUACAUUGCCGAGCUCUUCGGGGUCGAUCAACAGUCUAUCCUUGAUGCCAACCAGCUCUCUUCAGAAAGUGUCAUUUUCCCCUUCACUCCCCUUUUGGUUCCUUUGUCUGGCGAACCGAACACCUCAUUUCUUCUUCGCUCUCCCCCUGCUGCGCCUCCUCCUGUUCCACCCCUGACGCCCACUGAUCAGACUGGCCAAAUCCCUUCGGCCGGUGGAUCCAGCCGCAAGAAAUGGGUGUUUGUAGGUGUGGGAACAUCACUAGCUCUCCUGUUAGUUAUUGCGACCCUCCUGGCUGUGAAAUUUGCUCGUCGAAAGAAGCAAUCUCCGCCUAUACAUUCCUCCACCACCGCAAUGGAAGAAGAAACAAAGGGUAAUAAGGGUACCCCACCACCACAGUGGGAGACGGAGUCCGGUUCAGCUUGGUCAUUGUCUCAAGGGAUCAAAAACUCCGUUGAGGCAUUGACAUUGUACAAGUUCCAUGAUCUAGAGGUGGCCACCGAUCACUUCAGCGAAGCUAACAGGAUUAAAGGCUCAGUCUACAAGGGAUCCAUUAAUGGAGAUGCUGCAGCGGUGAAGGUGAUGAAAGGUGAUCUCUCUGCAUCUCCCGAGAUCAACAUUCUGAAGACAAUUAGUCACUCCAACAUCAUCCGACUCUCUGGGUUUUGCGUCAAUGAUGGCACCACCUAUCUUGUUUAUGAGUAUGCCGAGAAUGGUGCUCUCUCCGACUGGAUUUUUCUUGGCCCUAGUAAGACAAAGCAGCAGCAGCUGCUGCUGCUACAACGAGAAAAACUCACCUGGAAGCAGAGGGUUCAGAUAGCGAACGACGUUGCAGAAGCCAUAAACUACCUCCACAGCUACGCUGACCCUCCUUACAUCCACAAGAACUUGAAGACUAGCAACAUCCUCCUGGACGCUGACUUGCGAGGCAAGGUAACAAACUUUGGAUUGGCCAGAGCCGCGGCAUUUGAGGAGAAUGAGAAUGGAGACGGAGGAGCAUCACCAUUAACAAGGCACGUCGUCGGGACAUAUGGGUAUAUGGCUCCGGAGUACGUAGAGAACGGACUCAUUACUCCGAAACUCGACGUUUUCGCAUUUGGCGUCGUCCUACUGGAGCUUUUGUCAGGGAAGGAAGCUGCUUCGAGGGACGAAUUACUCUUCACAAUGAUCAACACGGUUCUUGAAGGUGACAACGUAAGGGAAAAGCUGCGAGCUUUCAUCGACCCUUCGUUAGCUGACAACAACGAGUACCCCUUGGAUCUUGCCUUCUCCAUGGCUCAGCUCGCCAAAGGAUGCGUUUCCGUCGACCUCAACGCUCGGCCAUCAAUGCCUCAGGUUUUCAUGAUUCUGUCCAAGAUACUCUCCUCGUCAUUGGACUGGGAUCCUUCCCACGAGCUCCACCAGUCUUCCUCUGUUUCUGGAUCUAUCAGAAGCGGGCGAUAA